CGACGGGCAGACUCGCAGACCUUCCACAUUCGUCUUCCACGUUGCACGGAAGAAGGCCAGACGAGUCGUUGAAGAAAUAAUAUGUUUUGGGAAUAAGUGACACCCGCAACGUCAGUCACCAUCGCCUCCCUCCACCCAAGAAAAUCUUGGGUUGUUGCUGUUGACUAAGACAGCCUUCUUGUUGACACCUUUCGCUCUGUCUGAGUCGAUUUCCUUCACUACUUGUUGUCUUUUCCUCUUGAAGCCAAACAUCUUUUUGUUGCUACCGAUCCGAUUGGAAAGCACUCAGGGCAUCACUUCUCUUCUGCUUACAUCUAUCCCACUCGAGAUACUAUGCGAGUACCUUCCUCUACCUUGGCAGCACUCUCCCUGCUGGCCACUGCUUCGGCCUUUGUCCCUCACUCCAUUCGAUCGGCUUCAUCGACGACAACCCCUCGCUUUGGUGUUGUGGACCCAUCACUCUUUCAUGACCUGCCACAUCAAGUCCAACAUGCAUUCACUUUGUUGGCAGAUGCCGACUUGGAUAGUCUGACCGAUGCUGCCACUGCCGCCGUGGCUCCAGCUUCCGAUGCUGUCACUGCUGCCGCGGAUGUCGCCGGGGAAGUUGCCAAGAAGGAUAGUGGAUGGUUUGGAUUCUUGACAGAACCCAUCUCCAUGCUCUUGCAAGGCAUCCACUCAGUUCUCAAUGUUGGAGGAAUGAAUACCAAUAGUUGGGGUGUCAGUAUUGUAGCAUUGACCGUUCUCAUUAAGGUCGUCACAUUUCCCCUUACCAAAACACAGUUGGAGAGCACCAACAAGAUGCAGGCCCUCCAACCGGCAAUUAAGGAAGUUCAGGCCAAGUACCAGAGCAACCCCGAAGUCAUGAACCAAAAGGUUGCAGACCUAUACCAACAAAAUGAUGUCAAUCCAUUGGCUGGAUGUCUACCCAGUUUGGUCCAGAUUCCGGUCUUUAUUGGCCUUUAUCGAGCCGUCUUGGAGCUCGCACAGCAAAAUGCUCUCGAUGAACCAUUCCUAUUCUUGCCCAACUUGGAAGGACCAACCUAUGGUGCCGAUCCUGCUCAUGGAACUGAUUGGCUAUUUCAGGGAUGGGUCGACGGAGUGCCUGCACUUGGCUGGGAUGACACCAUUGCAUUCGUCGCAUUGCCAAUCUUCUUGGUCAUCUCUCAGGUCAUUUCCAUGAACCUCAUGCAACCCAAAGACCCAGCACAACAGCAGAACAAUGUCGUUUUGAAGAUUCUUCCCGUCAUGAUUGGAUGGUUUGCAUUGAAUGUCCCAGCUGCUCUUACCAUCUACUGGGUUGUAAACAAUAUCGUUACAACCGCUACUACUUUGGCUAUUCGUAAUUCCAUGGACUUGACACCAGCCGGAGCAUCUGGCGGAGCCGCCGUUGCGGAACCAACGCCAUCUACAAUCUUCGCUCCUCCCCGAGAGAAGCCUGCUGGCUUUGCUAGCCCUGCUGCCUCUGAGCCUCCUGUUGUGGAUGUAUCAGGUGUCAAACCCCUCACUUCCAUUCAGACAGCCGAGGUUGUGGAUGUUGUCAUAGAAGAGGAAGCGGCGGUUGCAGAGGCAGACGUGGCGUCGGAAGCCGGCACAGGAAUGCAAUCAUCGGACGACACCGGUGGAAGCAAAAAGAAGCGUGGAAAGAAGCGAAAGAAGAAGAAGAACUAAGCUAGUCGCUGCACCAACAAGUGGUAGAACGGCAGGCCAACUUCCCAGCCGUUUGUAGUGAUCAAGGCAGGCCAAGACCCUGGUUCUCGUUCUAGAAGGGCAAGCACAAGAAGAACAAUCCGAUCUAAACUAGAACAUAAAUUGAAGAUUGUGUUGUGAUAUCAACUACCUUGCAUCUUACCGUAUCUGCUAGUAUCUUUCCAGCCAGAAAGUUUGACACUCCCUCGGCCUGUGGUGUCACACCCACCAGCAUCAUCCCACGUAUCAGUUUUCAAUGUUGCAUUCGGUGUACUCAUCUUCCCUAACUGAAUCUAGAUAGCUAGCUAGACUCCUUUACCAAGACUAAGUGAACCCAAAGCUAGUCUACCGUUCCACAGUCUCAGACGCGAACACGAAAAAUAUGUACAAAGCGUCUAUGUUA